CUCAGUGGUGUAUAUAUAGAGAAGCUGCAACUUUGCAGAGCACACCACUCAAAGACACGAGGAAAGGAACUGAACGCCUGAGGAUGAGAAACUUCCUGCUUCUCGUGGUGGUCCUGGCAGUGGCGAGUCUCGCUGCUGCACAAACUGGGAUUCCUUGCCCUGACUCUGUGAACAGGCAGUGCCCGACGUCUGCGGGAACGGCGCUUUUCCUGCCCCACCCCAAUGACUGCUCUAAGUACUGCGAAUGUGUUAUGGAGGGGCUGGCCUAUGAGCUGCAGUGCCCUGACGGACUCAUGUGGGAUGAAGUGAGGAACUCUUGCGACUGGUGGUACAACGUGGACUGCGGCUCUCGUCCCAAGCCAUAGAGUAUACAAAGAAGCAUCGUAAGGGAAGGCUACUCACUUCAUUAUAUUUGAGGGUUGCAGAUUUUUCUCCGUUAAAUGAUGUUUUAAUUGCUUAAUAAAAGAUAAUUUAUAAUUUU